AUGAGUAAUAUGACAUAUAUUAGUUUGAUCUGCAUCGUAUUUUAUAUUCAACCAAUAACCACGUUCUAUAUACCAGGUGUAGCUCCGCUGGAUUUUAAAGAAGGUGAAAAUGUUGAAGUUAAAGCUGUGAAAAUGACAAGUACCAAAACACAAUUACCAUAUGAUUAUUAUGAUGUUGCUAUGCAUUGUAAACCAGCAAAUGGAACUAAAUAUAAAUCAGAAAAUCUUGGUGAAAUUCUUCGAGGCGAUCGAAUUGUUAAUACGAAAUUCAAAGUUGAAAUGGCUACUAAUGUUGGUUGUCAAACACUAUGUAAAGAUAAGCAUUUAAAUAAACAACAAAGUUCUACAAUUGGCAAACGUAUUCGUAAAAAUUAUUAUGUUCAUCUUCUUAUUGAUAAUCUUCCAUGUGCAACUAAAUUUGAAAAUGUUGAAACUCAUAAAGUUUUAUAUGAACAUGGUUACCGUUUAGGAUUGUAUACAAAAAAAACAGAAGAAACGUAUAUAAAUAAUCAUUUGAUAAUGAAAUUGUAUUAUCAUAAAGAACCGGGAGAUCUUUAUCGAGUUGUUGGUUUUGAAGUUGAACCAAAGAGUAUUGAUUCAAAACGUAUGAAUGUUAACAAUGAUGGAACAUGUACCGUUCAAAAUGGCCAAGAAAUGCAAAAAAUUGAUCCAAAAAAUGAAAAUACAAUUACAACGACUUAUGAAAUUAUAUGGGCCAAUAGUGAAACACGUUGGGCAAGUCGUUGGGAUACUUACUUAGCAAUGACCGAUGCACAAAUUCACUGGUUUUCAAUUGUUAAUUCAGUUAUUGUUGUAUUUUUUCUUGCUGGUAUUUUAUCAAUGAUUAUUGUUAAAACUCUUCGUCGGGAUAUUGCACGAUAUAAUCAAGAAGAUGCUGAUGAUGGUAGCGAAGAAACUGGUUGGAAAUUAGUACAUGGUGAUGUAUUUCGACCACCACAUCGUAAGAAUAUUCUUGCUGCACUUCUUGGUUCUGGUAUUCAAAUAUUUUUGAUGUCAUUAAUUGUGAUUGUAUUUGCUGCUCUUGGAAUGCUUUCACCAUCAUCACGGGGUGCAUUAAUUACAGCAGCUUGUUUUCUUUAUGUUUUUAUGGGUCUUAUUGCUGGAUUCUAUGCUGGUCGUAUAUACAAAACAAUCAGAGGAUCAAAUUGGAAACGAACAGCAGCUUUAACAGCUACAUUAUAUCCAGGAAUCGUAUUUGGUAUUGGUUUUUUUCUAAACUUUUUCAUUUGGGGAAAACGUUCAUCAGGUGCUGUUCCACUUUCAACUAUGGUUGCAAUACUGGUUAUGUGGUUAGGAAUCUCAUUCCCGUUAGUUUGUGUUGGCUUUUAUUUUGGUUAUCGUAAACAGCCCUACGAUCAUCCAGUUCGAACAAAUCAAAUUCCACGUCAAGUACCUGAACAACAAUGGUUUUUACAUCCAGUAUUAAGUACUCUAAUGGCUGGUGUACUUCCAUUUGGUGCGAUGUUUAUUGAAUUAUUCUUUAUCUUUUCGGCCAUAUGGGAAAAUCAAUAUUAUUAUCUAUUUGGUUUUCUCUUUCUUGUCUUUAUUAUUAUUAUGAUAUCCUGCUCACAAAUUUCUAUUGUCAUAACUUAUUUUCAAUUAUGUGGAGAAGACUAUCAUUGGUGGUGGCGAUCAUUUAUUGCGUCAGGAGGAUCAGCAUUUUACGUAUUUGCUUACUCAAUAUUUUAUUUUUUCACCAAACUUGAUAUUACUGAAGUUAUUCCAAUAAUGCUUUAUUUUGGUUAUACAUUUUUGAUUUGUUUUACAUUUUGGACUUUGACAGGAACAAUUGGUUUUAUUGCAUCAUACAUUUUUGUUAGAAAAAUUUAUGCUGCAGUCAAAAUCGAAUAA